GGAUGUCAAUGGUGUUCAACAUGGCUGCUUACGUAGGGUAAUUUUGCGGCGUGGAGAGAUACAAAGCUCAACGUUUUAAGAUUAUCUCUUGAGCCGUACCAGUUUAAUAGUCUAGUAAAGACUGUUCGUAUUCGGCGGUGAUGUAAAUUCACUAUGAGCUCGAGAAAUCGUGAGAGAAUUGGAAAAAUUAAUGAAUUGUCAAGUUUUAUUUCUGAAAACAAUCGGAGAAUUGACAAAUUAUUGGCGGAUCUGCAAUGGGACAGAGACACACUCAAGAAUACUGAUGUUACCAUGACAACAUGCCCUGUGGAUGAAAGUCACAGGGUACCAUCUAAAUCACUUGAUAAACACAAAGAACUCUGUAGUUGGAUUCAACAAGGUUACACAAGAGAAGACUAUGAUAACCAGUUGCCAAGUUCUCAUUUUUACUAUAAGGAUUCUUUAUCUGUAGUUCCUGUACUAAUUGAUAAGACAUUGCAGUCUCAGAUUCUCUCAUCAACACCAGGUAGCAAUGUGAAAGAUGUAGCAAAGACAAAUCAUAGAGCAGAGUUGGAUUUGACUUGCCAGGAAAGAGUUGCUAUUUAUGACUAUGUAGUGGAUAAAGCCAAAAAAAUGAACAAGAAGAGUGUGUCAGUCUCACAGUUAGAAUUUGACCAUGCAGCUAUGAACCAAGAUUCUGAUGCAAAGUCAAAAAGUAAAUCCAAGCUUGAAAUCCUGGCUGAAUUGAGAGACUACAAGCGAAGACGACAGAGUUACAGAGGAAAGAAUGUACACAUUACAAGGAAGUCCAACACAGAGACUAGUCUCUUCCGGAGAACCCCCGUUCCAGCCGUGACCCCUCCGCUAGCUUGGGGGAGGCCAAGGCUCAAGCUAGUGACACCGGGUCUCCUCGGUGACCUCGGACACGAAACACCAACGGGGAUGCUGGUAGCCAAGACUCCGUUCUCUGACUCGGUAAGCCACGCCAUUGGGGUGAUGCAGAAUAUUAUCAGUCCAGGUGACACAAUGUAUAUUCCCCCACCAUCAAUCCUAAAGCAAUCACUCACGGUCGCUUCUACGCUGAUGGGAUCGCAGGCGCUGGGAUCCAGAUUGACCCCACCUGCACGUCUCCCCUGGUCCACCCGAGCUCUGAGCGUGACGGACGGCGCGCAGACCGUGUUGAGGGACGAUCAUUGGUCAGCUGUAGAGGAGGUAACGCCAAAAGCCCCAGGCUGGGGUAAUCUUUUGCAUAACCCCUUUCGCUGGACCAAACGCUACCCUAUCGGGGCAAUUUCGGAUUCGGACCCCAAUUCGAGGGAUGAAACCAGAAGCCCCCGACUGGACCCCAAGGCUCCUUCCCCAGACCCCUGUACCACAAAUUUGCUAACUGGGUAA